CUAUAUACGAAACCUGGAGCAUCAUCAUCAUCAUCUCUCUCUCUCUACAAUCGCGAAUGGAAGGGUUGAAGGUCUCAAAUGCUAAUUUAGUUGUAUACGUUCAUCCUUCUAAAAGCAAACAAGUUUCCCAAGCCGUUCUCCGUGAACUGAGCUCUUUGCUUUUCAAGUUCAGCGAAGCCUUCGACGGCGUCGUCUUGGCUUACGAUGUGAACUCAUUGGACAAGUGCGCAAAGAUACUUCCCGGUGUUCAUCCUUAUUUCGGUGUUAAACUAAAGGUUAAUUUGUUACUUUUUUCUCCCAAGCCAGAUAUGCUUUUAGAAGGGAAAGUAGUUAAACUUACACAAGAGUCCAUUCAUGUUGUGGUGCUUGGUUUUUCUUCUGCGAUUAUAUCUGAGAAAGACAUUAGGAAAGAGUUUGUGUACAAAAAUAAACAUGACCAAGAUGUUUAUGCCAGCAACUCUCACAAGCGACAUUUGAUAAAGGUUGGAACCAUGAUCCGGUUUUUGGUCAAGAGUUUUGAUGAGGAAAUACUUCAUGUGUAUGGAUCCUUGAUUCCAGAUCACACGGGCAGCAUUUAUUGGUUGGAUAAGAACUUGGAAGUUGUUUCCCAUACUGACAGGAGUGCAAAGAAGAGAGAAAGUGAGGGAGAACAAAAAAUGCUGGAGAAAGAUGCUGCAGAUGGGAAUCCGUCAACCUUGGUCACUGUCCAAAAAAUAAAAAAUUCAAAGAAGCAAAAAAUCAGAGAGGAAUCUUGAAUGUAGCAUCAGAAUAUUAUUUUGUAAUGCAAUUUAUAUUCACAGGACUUCCGACAGGGAAAACAAAUUGGCAUGUCUUCAUUGAUGGGGGGAUGCAUUUGCCUUUGGAUUUCUGGAAGGAUUCUCAAAGUUGCCAGGGACAUAGGUGCACUAGUUGUUUCAUUAGGUCACACUUCUUUCAGAAUGUGUAAGAUGGUAACUUGAGGAACCUUGCUUGUUGUAUGUUUACUCUGUGAUAUGAGAAGCAAUGGGGCCUUUUGUUCUUUUUCUUUUUUGAUACAAAGUCUUGGUGCAUUUUUAGUUUAGAAAUUGAGGGGUUGCUGUAUUUUCCUGUUAUUAACAGCUUGAAUUCUUUAGUGAGAAAUAUCCAUGUAUAUUACUGAGGCCCUUAUUUAUAAAGGAUAGCAAGAAUGGUGAA